CCCACAUAGGCGCUCAACGGCCGCGAGCGGGAGUAGCCGUUAGGCGCAACUGCUGCUUGCCCCUUCCGCAAGCUCUGCCGCCUGGAAUAUUGUGGUUUAGACUCUUAAACUAUGACAAUAUGGCAAGAUUUCACAGAAGAACUUGCAUUAUUUUGUUGCUUUUUAUUUUAUUCAUUUGCUCCAUGAUGAUGGCUUUGAAGACUCUGAGACCUGACAGAGCUGGUUUUGGGGAUCCAUUUGGACUUGGUCUCUUACCGGAACUUCAACAACGAACAUUUUUAGAAAAUAAACAUAGUUCCCUAAAUGCUGCCAAGGAGGAUAGGGUAGCAAACACCAAUACGCACAGUAUUGCAGUUAACAGCAUGAAAACAUCUAUGGCCUCUAUAAGGAAGUUGGAAGAGGAACUGCCUUUACCUAAUUAUAACUUCCAUGUGUUCUACUACAGCUGGUUUGGGAAUCCACAAUUUGAUGGUAAAUAUAUUCACUGGAACCAUCCACUGGUACCACAUUGGGAUUCCAAAAUUGCAAACAAUUAUCCAAAAGGAAGACACAAUCCUCCAGAUGAUAUUGCAUCCAGUUUUUACCCUGAACUUGGAACUUACAGUUCUAAAGACCCUGCUGUCAUAGAAGCCCACAUGCAACAGAUGCGAUCAGCCUCUGUUGGUGUCAUAGCACUUUCGUGGUACCCACCUGGUAUGGCUGAUGAAAAUGGGGAACCUGCUGAAGAUUUGGUGCCUGUUAUUUUGGAUAAUGCACAUAAAUACAAUCUAAAGGUCACUUUUCAUAUUGAGCCAUACAAAGAUCGAGAUGAUCGCAGUAUGUACAGCAAUGUGAAGUACAUAGUAGACAAAUAUGGAGGCCAUCCAGCCUUUUACUGGCAUAAGACCAGCACAGGAAGAAACUUGCCCAUGUUUUAUGUUUAUGAUUCUUAUGUAACAAUCCCUGAAAUAUGGGCAAAUCUAUUAACUGUUUCCGGAUCCCAGAGCAUUCGCAAUACACAAUAUGAUGGAUUAUUCAUUGCACUUCUAGUGGAAGAAAAACAUAAACAUGAUAUCCACAGAAGUGGUUUUGAUGGAAUUUAUACGUACUUUGCCACCAAUGGUUUUUCUUAUGGCUCAUCUCAUCACAAUUGGCCAACUCUAAAAGCCUUUUGUGACAGCAACAAUUUAAUGUUCAUUCCAAGUGUGGGGCCAGGGUACACUGACACCAGCAUUCGGCCCUGGAAUAACCACAACACCCGCAACCGUGUUAAUGGGAAGUAUUAUGAGACUUCCUUCAGUGCUGCACUUUUGGUGCGACCAGAAAUUAUUUCCAUCACCUCUUUCAAUGAAUGGCAUGAAGGGACUCAGAUUGAAAAAGCUGUUCCUAAGAGAACUGGACAGGUAACUUACCUGGAUUACAAGCCUCAUAAACCGACUAUGUAUCUGGAGCUCACUCACAAGUGGUCAGAGAAAUAUAGUAAGGAAAAAGAACAGUGGCUUAUUUGAGAUGCCACUACCCUUGUUUGUAAAUAAAUUGUCCAUAUGAAAGGUGAAAGUUACACUGGAGAUUCUAAUUCAGCCAAUGAAGAUGUCUUUUAUCAUGACUAUACUUUAAAAAAAUAUUUGAAUGUGGUAGGUCCUAUUGCUGUACCUGAGUUAAAAUUAACUUUGACUCCUUUUAGAAGCUAAAAUAAUAGUGAGCCAAUAGUGGUAUCUCUAGGUUAUUGGAUGUUGUAUUUGGUGGAUAUUUUGUGAAAUGCUAAAUACUUAUUCAUAAUUUGUAUGUAAAGCUAAGAGAAACUCUACCUGGAAUAAUGCAAAGGUGACUCAAGUAGAGUGAGACAGAAAUUAGCAUAGUUACAUUUAUUAUUUUUAGAUAUAUGUGUGUGUGUGUGUGUGUGUGUGUGUGUGUGUAUGUAUGUUUCAGAUUUGAAUACAAGUGUAAUUAGUUGUGUCUUGAUAAUUCCUCAAAGGAUAAAUUCUUUGUGGUACAUGAAAUAACAUAUCAAAUUGUUACACCAUUUGUACAUCUUGUAGCAAGCAAAGAGAUUACUUUAACAGUUUACUUAUCUAUGGUAAAUCCACCAAGAAUGGUGUGAAAUUGUUCUAAAAUGUACAGCUUUUAAAACUUUUGGUUUAAAAAAUUGAUGACAGCUUGUUUAAUUCCAAAUUAGUCUUGUAUUUGGAUUUUGCAUUGUGUUAACUAUGGAGUGUUAUCAAAAUGCACUGAGCUCUUAUAACUAAAUUUAAACCAAAGAAGAAAUAAUAGUACCUAUAACGAGAGGGGAAUUUCUGGUGAAAUUACUCAACAUAAGAAAAGUCUGUUUCUUAAAUAAGAUUUUCUUUAAUGUUUACAAGGGAUAAGCUCUUUUUUAUUAUUUAUUGCAGACCUAGAUUCAGUGUUUGGAAAAGUUGAAAGGAUUAAAUCACAAAUAUUUACUAGUCCUACAGUUGAUUCGUUUUCUAGAGCAGCCUUUAUUACAUGAUUUUAGCAGCACAUAGCCUUCAGCCGCUAGAAUGAAUGUGUCUCUUUCACUUCCCUUUGAAAUCUGAGAUUUCAAGUUUUCAGACAGUUCAUUGAUUUCCUGUAGUACUCAAGGUAUCACCUAUCAAAAUCAUGUCAGAAUUCAGAUGAGGAGAAAAUAAAGCAAGAUAAUAGUGUUAUUACAUUUAAUAAUGUGGCAUGGCUAGAAAUGAAUGCUUAAUCCUUUUUGAAAGCUGAGAUUCUCAGGUUUCAAAUGCUAUAAAUCAUUCAUUUAUAGCAGUGAUUGUUUCUGAGACACCAUUCAAAAAUUGUCUGCCUAGCAAUGCAUUUUUGGCACUUAUCCUAUACUAAAUAGAGCAAAUCCCCAAUCUUGAACCCAUGCGGGCUUUGCUAUUUGGUUUUACAGUUGUGGUGAAUUUGAGAGUAUUUUUGCAAGUACUUAAUCUGUAGCAUAGUAUAAUUGCUUUUUAUUUAUUAUUAUUUACUUUAAGCCCUGAUCCAACAUUGUGAUUCAUUGUGUAAACUGAUGCAAGCCCAGUAAUCUGCCCAAGCAGUCUCAAUGCAGGAUUGAAAAAGUGAAAAUAUUUUUCUGAAACAUGUUGAAAUGUAAUCUAUUGACAUGUUAUUGUUGAUUUGUUAGUGACUUCCUAAUGUAAAAGAAGGAAGAGUUGAUCUGAAAUGUAUCACCAUAGCAUAAAGACAACUUUUACCAAACUUAUCAUACAGGGAAACUGUCUGAAAUUCUUUAAUUCUUCUAUACUUCCAGGAUUGUACAUAAGAUUUCAUGUCAGAUUAUUACUUGAUUCUGUUAGUAAGCUCCAAGCAUCGUAGGCAUGGAAAUUUCAACUUACUUGUAACUAUCAUAGGUCCACUGUACUAAGUUGAACAUUCAGGACCAUAUUCUCAGCUACAGCCAAGGAACAUGGAGGAUAGCUUACAAAAGAGGCAUCAGAGAAGCCUGUUGUGGUUCCCAGUGAUGGGAUCAGUCCUGCUUUUGUCCUAGUGUAGUUAGGAGCAGCUUCAAGAUAUUCUAAACUACACUGACCGUCAGAGUGUUUCCAUAAAUUAGGGGUUGCAAGGCACAGACUAAAAACCAUUUUACAUGAAUAAGCUCCCUGUGCAAGGAGCGUGAAAAGAAGAUGGUUUAGACAUAUCUCUAUGCCUCAUUCACAAUGGUUAGGACUGGAUGCUUUAAGUGACAUUAGUGUAGUGCAGAUUUGUCCUAAUGUAUGUGAAAGUUGUGCCCACUGUAUCAGAUGAAAUGCAUGUAUGUAAAUAAAAAUAGAGUUGGAAAAGAAAGAAUAGAGCAUUGUCCUGCAUCUUGUAUAGUCACUUAUACCAGGGCAGAGUAAGUGUAAAAUUAUACUAAAUCAUAACAUAUAUAUAAUGUGCAAAUGUAAGAGUGCACAGUCCUUUCAUUAAUUUUCUCAUUUCUGGCUUUGUGUCUCAGCAACUUAAGAGAUGCUUAUGAUUCCUCCUACAUGAACUAGGGAAAGGCUCAAACCAUUAGAUCAUCUUCAAGUGCUGUCCCAGUUUGAGGUCUGCUUUAGGAGUUGAUUCACCCCUUCACUUGUAGCCAGAGAUUUAAGGUAUCCAUGCCUAGUUGGACUGCACAUGCGCAAACUCUGUCUCAUUGCCUCAGGUGGUUUACUGAAGUUAUGUACUCAAUCCUGCUCCCAUGUCCUUCUCUACUGCCAUUGGCUGGAGUCAGAGAAUUCUGAAAAAGUUUAGAAGAGAGGAAGUCUUUACCUGUUUUAUUCAAGUUUUCUCAGCUUUAGGUCCUUUUUAGCUCUUGUUUACUAGCACUUUUUAGACCGUUUGCAAUCAACUUUUGAUUGCCUAUUUUCCCCACAGUAUUUCCUCUUCAAAUUUGACUGGUAUGGUCCCUCUAGUUUAUGCAGUUUAUGGAAACCUUUGAACUUAUUGUAACCUCAGAAUAAAACUGAAGAUACCUUUCUCUAGUUUAAAAAAAAAAAACUUAACCAAACCACAUUGUUCUCGAAGGAUCACACAUCAGCGCUGGAUGGCGGAUUUUAACCAAUUUUAAAAUAUUUAAAGAUGCAAAUAAGUACCUGGCUAGGAAUUUCAAAACCACAUAGAUUGGCUAGGAUUCCCACUGUAAUCAAAAUCCCACAACCUUUUUAUGAUUUGGAUUUAAUGUACUGUCUGGGUAGAAAAUAUCAAAGUUUGGAAUUAAUUUGAGACUUCCCAAUAGUCUUGAAACACUCCCUGCUGUUCUUGGAAAAAGCAAAUAGGGUGUAUGUCGGAGGGGGUGGGAGAGAGGCUAUGUCUUUUGAGGGUGGCUGAGCUGUCUUACUUUCUAGUAGGUGGAGUCGUAGGCAUAGCUUAGAGUAAAGACCAUUUUCAUCAGAUUAGGUUGAGGAGUGAAGACUUCUGCAAACACAGUGAAUCUCCUUUCUUCACAGUUUGUAAGCAAUGAACCCCAAAGAGUCAAACACCUUGAAAAGAGAUUAGAAUUUUAUUUUUCAAGUUUUUAGGAACAACUGCCCUUGCAGUAUGUUCAGCUAGAAGUCAGUGUAGCUGAACAGUGUGAUCCUAGUAAGUAUCUUGAUAUUCUUUCUCAAUCUAUUUAUGAGCCUACACUCUGGACUUUGGUAGUAUCCUCCACCUUUCCCCAAGUCUAUUUCAAAACACAUUGCAAUGAUUGCCAUUAAAAUCUUUACAGUGAGAUGUAGCAAUUGUUUGCCAUUAGUAUUCAGUAUAGAUAACACUGCACUAAUGAUAUUUAGACAAAAAUAAAGCUUUAAAUGAUUAUUAAUUGCAGUCAUUUGCUAUUAUCUUUGUGCUCCAUAAAAAUGCUUAGAAUCACUGGUGACAUACUACUAAACAAUCAUGGUUGAGGAAAGCAAUAAUGACAAUAUACAGGUAAUGCUCUCUAAGGCUAGGUAUUAAUGUCUCUUAAUCCAGAUAAUACACUUAAACACCCCUGCUGUGAAGGCCCUGUUAAUUUAGUUGUAAUCUUCAGAUUCUGACAGGCCCAAGUAAUUUUUUGAUAUACUUAUCUAUUUUUGUAAGCUAUACCUAAACUGAAGCACAAUCCAUCCUCUGUGUUUUCAGAACCUUUGUCUACUGUAUAUUGCACAGAUUUGAAAAAGUCUGGCCUUUUUUUCUAGGCAAGAGAGCACAUGUAUCUAUUUUUCACAUACUGUUAACCCUUUAUGGCUGUCGUCAUCUUUUGAAUUCACAGCUUAAAUCUUGGAUCAAUCGGUUUUAUUUGGAGAGUUCUUUUUUGUCUUGUGGUGCAAAUAUUCUGUCACAGACUAGACCAGUUUUUUUUACAGGAGUCUUUACUGACUUUCACCAUGAAAUUCUGUAUACACUGUGUACCUAAUGUAUACUUUGAUGUUAUAUAUAUACCUUUUGAUAGUCUUUUGCGUGGGUUUUUCAGGUGCCCUUUAUAACGUAUUACAGAAAAAAUAUAUUGCACAUAGUUUUUCUUGCUAGUGGUUGGAAAUAGAGACAUAUUUAAUACAUUUUUAGCAAUUGGACCAAAUUAAAAUAGUUUGGUGUUUUAGGUUUAUGCAAAACAUAUGUAUUAACUUAAUAACAGACAUACUUUGUUUCUAAAAAAUCCUAUGUAUAUGCUACUUAACACAUGGUAAAAAUCUCUGGCAAACUAUUAUAAUAUCUAGAAGCAUUAGUUCAGGUUCUUUUACUUGCAAAGAAGUUCUAACGUUCUACAGUAAUCCAUGUUAAACAAUUCAGUAUCAUUACUUUUUGUGAACCUCAAAAUAUUGUCAAUCUGUUACAUUAGUCCAGAUUUAAAUCUGUUUUUAAAGUAACUUUAUUUCUAAGAAAUCCUGUAUAGUUCCAAUAUAAUCAACGUUACAGUAUCUUGGUUUUGAUAUGUUUUUUAUAAAAAAGCAUGAUAUGUCUCAUGAAUUUUACAAAAUGUGUUAUGAUUUUGUUGUGAUGUUAAUAUUUUGGUGUGUGUGUGUAAAGGACAGCGCUUAAAUCAGUUACACAUGAGGUGCUUUUGUUUUCCUAUCUGGCUGUAGAAGUGUGUUUACUAAUGUGGCCUGAUUCUGUCACCCUUUUUCCAGGUACUAUUCAGUGUGUGAGAUUUGUCUCAUAAUCUAGCUCAUAGCAAAUCAUUUUAGUACAUAGUGUUCAUUUAUAAUCAUGUUUACAAAAAAAACUAGAUGCUUAAAUGUUUAUGAACAGUAACUGUGUGCCAAAAAUGCCAUGAUUCUUCCAAUAGACUAGUAACAAUGUAGAAAGUGCAUUGUCUAUCAAAUACCUCAAUUCUAAGAUUGUAUUUUACAUGAGACAAUGCAAUAUCUAACAUGGCAUAUUGAUUCUUUCUGUGAACUGUCUGCUGCUCUAAUUGGUAUAUAAAAGGAGAUUGGGUCUCCAAAAUUUACUUACCGUAUUUUUCCGGCGUAUAGGGCGACUGGGCGUAUAAGACGACCCCCUAAUUUUUUAAUUAAAAGAUAGGGUUUCACUUAUACCCCAGCGCCCCUCCGCCUCCUUUGCUCCCGGUGUCCCUGGUCUGCUGGAGACGGUCCCCAGCUGACCAGAGGCACCGGGAGCAAAGCCGCAGCAGCUUUGCAAAGCCUCAGGGGAAGCCAGCGGCGGGGCAGCCCAGGUGCGCCUGGGAUGUAUACCCGGCGUACAAGACGACCCCCGAUUUUUGGGGGAUGUUUUUUAACAUAAAGUCGUCUUGUACGCCGGAAUAUACGGUAUUCAUCUGCCACCUGCCAGUCAGUUUCUAUCAUGUGAGACUGCAUAUUCAAUGAAAGACAGAAGAGAAUAAUGAUGCAGAACCACUAAUGGUACAAAUCCAUGAAAAAUAUUUGGUCUGAUUCUUAUGUUUUUAAAUAGGCAAAACUUCUACUGAAAUUACAUUUGACAGUAAAAGGCUUUCUCUACAGGGCACAACUCUCAAAAAUACCCAGAGGCCUUUGAAAAGGCCUGCCAUGUUUAACCCAGAGAUGAAAAAUGAAGGAUUUAGGUUUGCAUUUUCAAGUGGUGAAAGGAGAAGACUCAGUACAUAUAUAUUCUAGAGAAAAGCAUAAUGGCAAUAAUCGCCCAAUCUUAAGGCAGAAGAGUUUAUUCCUGUUUUGCCUGUGGGAAAAAUGGAUCAAGAUCCAAAAUCUGGAUAUCAGAGACUCAAGAUGCAUUGUCCUAAUCUAGUUAAAAAGCAACCAAAAUAUAAAUGCUCCACUUGUAUAAGUUAUUGAGGAAACUUACCUGUAAAUAAUCAAUUGUUGGAAAACACCGUUUUAAGAUAUUUGUAGUACAUUUUGCUAUUCACUGUAGUAAAUUAGAUUUAUUAUACUAAGAAACUACUGAGUUAGAAAUAUAUUCAUUCAUUACUAUAUGUUUCUACAUAUGCUCUAAGGUACUUUGAAGCAUAGAAUAGUUUAAUUUUUGUUGCACUUCAGUUUGAUGACCACUACAAUUUCUGACACUUAUCACUGUUGUUAAUGUGGAAUGUUUUGCUAUGCACAGUAUUUAAUUUACUAUAGCCUAAAGAAAUGCUAUGCAUGUCUCAGGAAAUUCAAAAUUUAAUCAAACACAAAAUAUGCUUGAAAUUGUAAAACUAUAUUAAGUACCUUGUUAUGUAAUUGUCAUUCUAAGAGGAGACUGUAAAUGAUUUCUGGAUAUUUUGGUAAAUAAAAUUUCUAUUACAGCGUUUUGUUCAUUUACAGAAAAUAUGGUACUAAGAACUGAUGAGAAAAUGGAAUGAAAUUUUAAUUGUUUAAAUUUUGUAUCUACCUCUUAUACUGAGCGAGGAAUGCAUAUUCAAUAUUUUCUACUGUGAAAAACAGACAGCUAUGAUGUAACAUGCUUUUUUUUUUUUAUCAGGAUAUGAAAGAAAAAAGCCAGCAGCUUUGUAAGAAACAGAUAUAAGUACAACCAGAACAAUCACAUGUAUUAACCAA